AGGUUUGUUGUCAGUCAGUUGUAACUUGUCAAGAAUUAUAAUGUGUUGGUGUUAAUUUAAUUUUUAAAUAUUUUGCCUUGUGUCCAUUGUCUCAUCGUAAUAAUAGAAAACACGGUUUAUUAAUUACGAAUUAAGUUUUACUAUGUUGAACAUUUAUUCUUUCUGUUAAUUACUAAAUACAACAACAAAAAAUGGCAGAAGUAUAUAAGUUAAUACACCCGGUUAAAUUCUUUAACGACUACAUAUCUCGGGACGUCCGUCCGGACGGCAGAAAAUUCGAUGAACAGCGUGAUAUUUUACUUAACAUAAAUGCAAUUAAAACCGCGGAUGCCUCCGCCGUCGUAAAAUGUGGAAAUACUACAGUUAUAUGUGGCAUAAAGUUGGAACUAGCAAAACCUAAAGCAGAAGAACCAGAUAUAGGAUUUCUAGUAUCAAAUGUUGAGCUUUUACCCUUGUGUUCUCCAAAGUUCCUACCUGGACCCCCUUCAGAUUAUGCACAAGUUAUUAGCAAUUUAGUAUCCGACAUAGUGACGAAUUCUAAAUGUGUAGACUUAAAAGAUCUGUGUAUUAUAUCUGAUAAACUUGCAUGGGUAGUAUACUGUGACUUGGUAUGUUUGGACUACGAUGGAAGUGUAGUAGAUGCUUGCAUCAUCGCUAUAAUGACAAGCUUAAAAACAUUAUCUUUACCAUCUGUAACUUUCGAUAUAGAAACUGAAGAAACAAAGGUAGAUACCAGUGUACGAUUACCUCUGCAAAUACAUGGAUUACCAGUUGCCACUAGUUUUGCUGUUUAUCAACAAAUGCCAAGGAGUAUAGUGUUGGCUGAUCCAUCAGCUUAUGAAGAAGAAAUGUGUGGCAGUAUUGGAGCCAACCUUAUUGUAUGUUGGAAUAAGGGACUUUUUUGUGGCAUACAAAAAUUUGGUGGUUGCAAUCUUUCAACAGAAGAUGAAAAAAAAACUUUAAUCUUAGCAAAAGAAAGAAGUAAACUUGUUGAAACAGUUAUUGAAACAUGUAUAAAAAACGAAUGUUGAAAGUGAAUAAGUGAAUUGUUAGUGUUGCAUGUAAUCAAACUCAUAUAUUAUUUGAAAUACAAAUAAAAUUUAUUUUGAAAAUUUCAA